AUGGAUCCAACACUCCUCAUAGGCGAUAUCGUCGAGCGCAAAACGGCACAGCCCAAGCCGGUGAUUUUCGACGACGCCGACAUCUCCUCCACCGGCUUCCCCGCCCACAAAAAGCGAAGCCGCCCAUCUGCCUUCAAACAGCAGCGACAGGGCAAGAAGGGAGACGAUGCCCCUGCGGCUGCCGGCGCUCAGGCCCGGGCUGCACACGAAGCCAGGUUCGAAGUCGAUCCGGCUACACAAAAGGCGGACUUUGAGGCGGCCGAGCGGCGGCGGAUCGAUCGAGAGAACCAGUCCAGGCUCGAGAACAUGACGCCUGCAGAGAUUGCCAGCGAGCGAGCCGAGAUGCUCAAAGGACUCAACCCGGCACUAAUUGAGAGACUCCUGCAGCGGGCGCACAUUGAUGAGCGCGAUGGUCCCGACCCGUUCGAUGUGCCUGGUACACAGGAGGCGUCUCCGAACCCUGCGGCGCCAGAAAUCAAAAUUGAAGACACAACACUGCCACCACCACGACCCAAGCCGUCAACAACCACCAGCAAGGCGACAUCAUCACCACCAGCCCCCGCGCAGCAGCAGCAACAACACGCACCCAUAAACGAAGACCGCGUUCCAUCCGCUCCUCCCGAGGACCUCUUCCCGAUCAACCAGCAACCGGAACACACGCACUUCCCCCAGCCGCCUGCCCUGCCCGAUCUCGAUCCCUCUCACCCAGACUUCCUCGCCACGCUUCACGAAAAGUUCUUCCCCAACCUUCCCGCCGACCCCUCCAAGCUUGCCUGGAUGGCCCCUCUACCGACGACAGACAGCCCCGCCGAUCGUGACUCCCCUUACUACCCGGGCCAGGCCUCGCUGCCCAUCUCGGCCCUUCGCUUCGACUUUCGCGGAGCCAUGCUGCCGCCGCGAUUGAGCAGGCAGAUUCCUGUUUCCAAAGGUCUUCAUCACCACGGCCAGGCGCCCGAGGCCGCUGGGUACACAAUCGAGGGAGCUCUCCAUAUUGGCGCGUAUUGCCGUCGCCGCCAACGAGGACACGUUGGCGAGGGGGAUAUGGAGCAGUGUGAUGGAGGGCCGGCUGAUGGCAGCCUGGCCGAGGCGGCCAUGAAGGAAGGUGGGCACCGGGGGAGCCGGGCGUAUGCGACUGAGGCGUUAUGGUUGCUGGAGAAGGGGGGAUGGAAGGCGUCGUUGUCGGGGCGAUAA